ACAGCCGUAGCCGCUGCCUGAGAGUUGUUGUUUCCUCCUCCUCCUCCUCCGCCUCCGCCGCCGUUGCUUGAAUGGUGGAGCCGAGGCUCGGCUCGUGAACACACACUGACAGCUAUAGGGCAGGCGGCGGCACCAUCCCCGCUUCCCCUCGGCGGCGGGGUGUCCCGCCGGCGGCCCUGAAGUGACCCAUAAACAUGUCUUGUGAGAGGAAAGGCCUCUCGGAGCUGCGAUCGGAGCUCUACUUCCUCAUCGCCCGGUUCCUGGAAGAUGGACCCUGUCAGCAGGCGGCUCAGGUGCUGAUCCGCGAGGUGGCCGAGAAGGAGCUGCUGCCCCGGCGCACCGACUGGACCGGCAAGGAGCAUCCCAGGACCUACCAGAAUCUGGUGAAAUAUUACAGACAUUUAGCUCCUGAUCACUUGCUACAAAUAUGUCAUCGACUGGGACCUCUUCUUGAACAAGAAAUUCCUCAAAGUGUUCCUGGAGUACAGACUUUAUUAGGAGCUGGAAGACAGUCCUUGCUACGCACAAAUAAAAGCUGCAAGCAUGUUGUGUGGAAAGGAUCUGCUCUGGCUGCAUUGCAUUGUGGAAGACCACCUGAGUCACCAAUUAACUAUGGUAGUCCACCCAGCAUUGCGGAUACUCUGUUUUCAAGGAAGCUGAAUGGGAAAUACAGACUAGAGCGACUUGUCCCAACUGCAGUGUAUCAGCACAUGAAAAUGCACAAACGAAUUCUUGGACAUUUAUCUUCUGUGUACUGUGUAACUUUUGAUCGAACUGGCAGACGUAUAUUUACAGGUUCUGAUGACUGUCUUGUGAAAAUUUGGGCAACAGACGAUGGGAGAUUAUUAGCUACUUUAAGAGGACAUGCUGCUGAAAUAUCAGACAUGGCUGUAAACUAUGAGAAUACCAUGAUAGCAGCUGGAAGUUGCGAUAAAAUGAUCCGAGUCUGGUGUCUUCGAACCUGUGCACCUUUGGCUGUUCUUCAGGGCCACAGUGCAUCAAUUACAUCACUACAGUUUUCACCAUUGUGCAGUGGCUCAAAGAGAUAUCUAUCUUCUACUGGGGCAGAUGGCACUAUUUGUUUUUGGCUCUGGGAUGCUGGAACCCUUAAAAUAAAUCCAAGACCUGCCAAAUUUACUGAGCGCCCUCGGCCUGGAGUUCAAAUGAUCUGUUCUUCUUUUAGUGCUGGUGGAAUGUUUCUGGCUACAGGAAGCACAGAUCAUAUUAUUAGGGUUUAUUUUUUCGGAUCAGGUCAGCCAGAGAAAAUAUCAGAAUUGGAAUUUCAUACUGACAAAGUUGACAGUAUCCAGUUUUCUAACACUAGUAACAGAUUUGUAAGUGGCAGUCGUGAUGGGACAGCACGCAUUUGGCAGUUUAAAAGAAGAGAAUGGAAAAGCAUUUUGUUGGAUAUGGCUACUCGUCCAGCAGGUCAAAAUCUUCAAGGAAUAGAAGAUAAAAUCACAAAAAUGAAAGUAACUAUGGUAGCUUGGGAUCGACAUGACAAUACAGUUAUAACUGCAGUUAAUAACAUGACUUUGAAAGUUUGGAAUUCUUACACCGGUCAACUAAUUCAUGUCCUGAUGGGUCAUGAAGAUGAGGUAUUUGUUCUUGAGCCACACCCAUUCGAUCCUAGAGUUCUCUUUUCUGCUGGUCACGAUGGAAAUGUAAUAGUGUGGGACCUGGCAAGAGGAGUCAAAAUUCGAUCUUAUUUCAAUAUGAUUGAAGGCCAAGGACAUGGUGCAGUAUUUGACUGCAAAUGCUCCCCUGAUGGUCAGCAUUUUGCAUGUACAGACUCUCAUGGACAUCUUUUAAUUUUUGGCUUUGGGUCCAGUAGCAAAUAUGACAAGAUAGCAGAUCAGAUGUUCUUUCAUAGUGAUUAUCGGCCCCUUAUCCGUGAUGCCAACAAUUUUGUAUUAGAUGAACAGACUCAGCAAGCACCUCAUCUCAUGCCUCCCCCUUUUUUGGUUGAUGUUGAUGGUAAUCCACAUCCAUCAAGAUACCAGAGAUUAGUUCCUGGUCGUGAAAAUUGCAGAGAGGAACAGCUCAUCCCGCAGAUGGGAGUAACUUCCUCAGGACUGAACCAGGUUUUAAGUCAGCAAGCAAACCAGGAGAUCAGCCCACUGGACAGCAUGAUUCAAAGACUACAACAGGAGCAAGACUUGAGACGUUCUGGUGAAGCAGGUAUCAAUAAUAACAGCCGUUUAAGUAGAGGCUCCUUAAGUUCUACCUCAGAGGUUCACUCACCACCAAAUAUAGGACUGAGGCGUAGUGGACAAAUUGAAGGUGUACGGCAAAUGCACAGCAAUGCACCCAGAAGUGAAAUAGCCACAGAGCGGGAUCUUGUAGCUUGGAGUCGAAGGGUGGUAGUACCUGAGCUAUCAGCUGGUGUAGCCAGUAGGCAAGAAGAAUGGAGAACUGCAAAAGGAGAAGAAGAAAUAAAGACUUACAGAUCAGAAGAGAAAAGAAAACACUUAACAGUUCCAAAAGAAAACAAAAUACCCACUAUUUCAAAGAAUCAUGCUCAUGAACAUUUCUUAGAUCUUGGAGAAUCCAAAAAACAACAGACUAAUCAACACAAUUACCGUACAAGAUCUGCCCUGGAAGAAACUCCUAGACCCUCAGAAGAGGUUGAAAAUGGCACUAGUUCUUCAGAUGAAGGUGAAGUAGUUGCUGUCAGUGGUGGAACAUCAGAAGAAGAAGAGAGAGCGUGGCACAGUGAUGGCAGUUCUAGUGACUACUCUAGUGAUUACUCUGACUGGACAGCAGAUGCAGGAAUAAAUCUGCAACCACCAAAGAAAGUUCCUAAGCAUAAAACCAAGAAAGCAGAAACCAGUUCAGAUGAAGAAGAAGAAUCUGAAAAACAGAAGCAAAAACAGAUUAAAAAAGAAAGAAAAAAAGGAAAUGAAGAAAAAGAUGGACCAGUAUCACCAAAGAAAAAGAAGCCCAAAGAAAGAAAACAAAAGAGAUUGGCUGUGGGAGAAUUAACUGAAAAUGGUUUGACAUUGGAAGAAUGGUUACCUUCAACAUGGAUUACAGAUACUAUUCCCCGAAGAUGUCCAUUUGUGCCACAGAUGGGUGAUGAGGUUUAUUAUUUCCGGCAAGGACAUGAAGCAUAUGUUGAAAUGGCCCGGAAAAAUAAAAUUUAUAGUAUUAAUCCCAAAAAACAGCCAUGGCAUAAAAUGGAACUACGGGAACAAGAACUGAUGAAAAUAGUCGGCAUAAAGUAUGAAGUGGGAUUACCUACCCUCUGCUGCCUUAAACUUGCUUUUCUUGAUCCUGAUACUGGUAAACUGACCGGUGGAUCAUUUACCAUGAAAUACCACGAUAUGCCUGAUGUUAUAGAUUUUCUAGUCUUAAGACAACAAUUUGACGAUGCAAAAUAUAGACGGUGGAAUAUAGGUGACCGUUUCAGAUCAGUCAUAGAUGACGCCUGGUGGUUUGGAACAAUUGAAAGCCAGGAACCUCUCCAGCCUGAGUACCCGGAUAGUUUAUUUCAGUGCUAUAAUGUUUGCUGGGACAAUGGAGAUACAGAAAAAAUGAGUCCUUGGGAUAUGGAGCUGAUACCAAAUAAUGCUGUAUUUCCUGAAGAACUAGGUACCAGUGUUCCUUUAACUGAUAACGAAUGCAGAUCAUUAAUCUAUAAACCUCUUGAUGGAGAAUGGGGUACCAAUCCCAGGGAUGAAGAAUGUGAAAGGAUUGUGACAGGAAUAAACCAGUUGAUGACACUAGAUAUUGCUUCAGCAUUUGUGGCCCCUGUGGAUCUGCAAGCCUAUCCCAUGUAUUGCACAGUAGUGGCAUAUCCAACGGAUCUAAGUACAAUUAAACAAAGACUGGAAAACAGAUUUUACAGGCGGGUUUCUUCCCUAAUGUGGGAAGUUCGAUAUAUAGAGCACAAUACACGAACGUUUAAUGAGCCUGGAAGCCCCAUUGUGAAAUCUGCUAAAUUUGUGACAGAUCUUCUUCUACACUUUAUAAAGGAUCAGACUUGUUAUAACAUGAUUCCACUUUAUAAUUCAAUGAAGAAAAAAGUCUUAUCUGACUCUGAGGAAGAAGAGAAAGAUGCUGAUGUACCAGGAACUUCUACCCGAAAAAGGAAGGAGCAUCAGCCUAGAAGAAGAUUGCGUAAUAGAGCUCAAUCUUAUGAUAUUCAAGCAUGGAAGAAACAAUGUCAAGAAUUAUUAAAUCUUAUAUUUCAAUGUGAAGAUUCAGAGCCUUUCCGACAGCCAGUAGAUCUCCUUGAAUAUCCAGACUAUAGAGAUAUCAUUGACACUCCAAUGGAUUUUGCUACUGUUAGAGAAACAUUAGAGGCUGGGAAUUAUGAGUCACCAAUGGAAUUAUGUAAAGAUGUCAGACUUAUUUUUAGUAAUUCUAAAGCAUAUACACCAAGCAAAAGAUCAAGGAUUUACAGCAUGAGUUUACGCCUAUCUGCUUUCUUCGAAGAACACAUUAGUUCAGUUUUAUCAGAUUAUAAAUCUGCUCUUCGUUUUCAUAAAAGAAAUACCAUAACCAAAAGGAGGAAGAAAAGAAACAGAAGCAGCUCUGUUUCCAGUAGUGCUGCAUCAAGCCCUGAAAGGAAAAAAAGGAUCUUGAAACCCCACCUUAAGUCAGAAAUUUCUACCUCUGCGUUUUCUGCACCAACACGCUCAAUACCACCGAGGCAUAAUGCUGCUCAGAUAAAUGGUAAAACUGAAUCCAGUUCUGUGGUUCGAACCAGAAGCAACCGAGUGGUUGUAGAUCCAGUGAUCACUGAGCAACCCUCUACUUCUUCAGCCACCAAGACUUUUAUUUCAAAAGCUAAUACAUCUGCAGUGCCAGGGAAAACAAUACUAGAGAAUUCUGUGAAACAUUCCAAAGCCUUGAAUACUACUUCAAGUCCUGGUCAAUCCACUUUUAGCCAUGGCACUAGGAAUAAUUCUGCAAAAGAAAACAUAGAAAAGGAAAAGCCAGUCAAACGGAAAAUGAAGUCAUCUGUCCUCUCGAAGACUCUUUCUAAGUCAUCGGCUGUCAUUGAGCAAGGAGAUUGUAAGAACAAUGCUGUUAUACCCGGAACCAUUCAAGUAAAUGGCCAUGGAGGACAGCCAUCAAAACUUGUGAAGAGGGGACCUGGAAGGAAACCUAAGGUAGAAAUUAAUACCAAUAGUGGUGAAGUUAUUCACAAGAAAAGGGGUAGAAAGCCCAAAAAGCUACAGUAUGCAAAGCCAGAAAAUUCAGAGCAAAAUAAUGUGCAUCCCAUCAGAGAUGAAGUGGUUCCUUCUUCAACAUGUAAUUUUCUUUCUGAAACUAAUAUUGUUAAGGAGGAUUUGUUACAGAAAAAGAGUCGUGGAGGCAGAAAACCCAAAAGGAAGAUGAAGACUCAAAAACUCGAUUCAGAUCUCAUAGUUCCUGCAAAUGUUAAAGUGCUAAGAAGAAGUAACCGAAAAAAGACAGAUGAUCCUAUAGACGAGGAAGAAGAGUUUGAAGAACUCAAAGGCUCUGAACCCCACAUGAGAACUAGAAACCAAGGUCGAAGGACAGCUUUCUAUAAUGAGGAUGACUCUGAGGAGGAGCAAAGGCAGCUGUUGUUUGAAGACACCUCUUUAACUUUUGGAACUUCUAGUAGAGGACGAGUCCGAAAGUUGACUGAAAAAGCAAAAGCUAAUUUAAUUGGUUGGUAACUUGAACCAAAAUAUUUUACUUAAAUCUAUAAAUAAAGCAGGUACAGUUAAGGAAAAGUGGGAACUAAGGCUUCUGCUUCCUUGCUGCUAUGGUGGAUUAGGGAAUGUUAUGAUUUGAUUUGCAAAAAAACCCACAAGACACUUCACUCUUUAAAUGAAUAUAUAUAUAUAAAUAUAUACAUAUAUAUAUUUUAAACGUUUGCUAUUUAUUGCCCUUAGAUAGGUUAUGCAUUUCCACAUUCAUUUCACUUACUGUUUGAAACAAAAGAAAUGGAGGACCUAUAAUGGAUUCCUGAUUUGCUUAUGGAAAAGAUGGUUCUGCUACAAUCUUAAGGAGUAUAAUAUUCCUAGUGAUAGAACAUUUCAUCAUGUUAAAAUGAAUUAUUUUUGACCAAGCAAGGUACAUUUUUAUUGAUAAGAAGUCAUGCAUCUAGGAAGACAGGUGUUAAAUAGAGUAGCAGUAAAUCAAGAAAUGUGUUUCCUCUGAAGAUAGAUUCCCACCAUUUGCUACUCCCAAAAUUUAAUUUUAGUUAUGUAGAAUGUUUAUCUACAGCGUAUUUAAAGGAGGCUCUUGCUUUAUUCCAUUUCUGCCAAACUUAAGAGAAAAUGUACUGAUGAAAAGGAAACAUAUCCACAUUGGAAACAUUUGACUGUCUAAUUUUUCAGACCUUGAUUCUUAAUAUCAAUCACUCAAUCUCUGUUUAUUGUGCCAAAGACUGAGAAUCAGUGCAGUGGAAAGCCUGUUUUUGACUGUCAGGACAGCAUACACUUUUCAAUGUUGGAAAGGCUAUAUAUUCUAAAGAGCAAGUUAUUAAAGAGUUAUGCUGAAAUAUAUCUUUUUUUGGUAAUAAUAGUAGAAAAUAAUGCACUGGUGGGUCCUUUGACAGAGAUGUUUUAGAGAAUGUUUAAGUGGUUAAAGGAUUCAAGGAAAAUACAGGAAAAGUAUGGGAUUUGAUGUUUACUUGUUGAUCUGGAUUAAUGUCAUUUCUAAACUUUAGACAUAUCUAAUAGGCUAAAAUGACUUACAAAGAAAUGUGUCUGUGUGUGUAUGUGUAUAUAUUGAUAAAUGGGUAUAAUUAAAUAUAUAUACAAACACAUACUUAUAUACUAUUACCCAGGUAUAAAUUCUUUUUUCAGGAUUUUUUAGAUAGUGGUAGAAGAAGAAUAAUUUUAAAAUGUCAUACUUUAUAGUUUAAUUUUAAGGGGAAGAUUGGUUAUUUUCAAUUAUUAAAGGUUAAAAUAGGCCAAAUCACUUUUUAUGCAAUCAUGUUUUAUACAGUGGUCUCAUUGCACAUUGUGUUUUUUCUGCACUUUUUACGGUAUCCUUAUCACGCUGGUAUGUCAAUAUACACCCUAAAGAAAAACUCCAUUUAAUGAUUGUGCCUUGUAUUCUAUUAUUUUUUGCAUCAUUAGUAAAAUUAAGUUGUCUAUUGUAAAUGAUAACUAUAUGACUUAGGAGAAUGUAUUGCUAUAUGUACUGCUAUGGAAAAGGAAAGCAGUUAUUUAUUUGUUUAUGGUACAGUUAUUUUAUACCUUAAAAACCAACAUAAAUACCAUUUCUAUUGUUUAAAAAUUAUUGUCCAUUUUUUAAAAACUUUAAAGAAUGUAGUAUUUUCUGAGGACUAAUAUGGUACAAAAAUGUAACCGAAAUUUUCAGAUACUACAUUUUUAAUAAGGAUGGAAAAAAUAUGUAUCAGCAUGACCAUGAUGUAGAAAAAUAAAGUCUUCAAUUGAACCUUGGCAAAAAUACAAUACAUAAUUAUUUCUUUUCUUAUUUCUGAUAAGGAUAAAUGUUAAUGUCAUUUAACUGUCUUGAAGAAUGAAAAGUGAUGCAUUUGGGCUUUUUAGAUUGUUUGUAACUAAAUUUGUAUAGAAAUCCUCCUGUGAAAUUAAGUAAACCAUUUUCCAGAUCUUGACUGGAUUGCUAUGAUUUUGCAAUUGAAAAAAUAAUUUCAAAUUUUUCAGGUUUUUUGUAUAUUUAUUUUUUUCUAACAAAUAUAUUUAACUAUAUAAUUAAAAUUCAGUAGUUAAACUCUUCAUAAUGCAGAAAUGGAUGGCUUGGUUGUAUAGUAAAAUGAGUCAGUUACACCAUUGAAAAUAAUAGUGUGUAUGUUUGAAAUUUAAGUCAUUAAAGUAAUUAGUUGCUUUGGAAGGCAAUCUAUUUGAAAUAUGUAAUUUCCUGAUGUUAUCUGCAUUGUGUUAGAAAAAAUAGACUAUAAAUCCAUGUUUGUAAAAAUAAUUAUGUACAAUUUUAAGGUGUGUACAGAAAAAGGAAGAGCGUUACACAGUCUUAGAGUGGAAUAUACCUCUUAGUAUGCUGGGUGGGUUAGUUCCAGCUCUUGAGCAAAGAAAUGAGGAUUUACCAUUUUUCCUCUGACAAGUAAAAUGUAUUGCUGUUCUAAAGACACUGUAUAUUUAUGACCUUAUUUGGAUAUUAUCAGGCACUGGUUUCUUAGUAAAACAAAACAACUUAGAGUAUUUAAAACUAAAACACUUAAAAUGUAUUAGUAAUACCAGCUAUAUUUGGCUUUUAUAAUUUUUAUAAGUUAGCUUCUGUACGUUGCAAAAGUUGAAUUCAGAAUUCUACAUCAUUGCCUCAUUUUGUUUUUAACCCCUUGGAAAAACAUCUUCAUUGAGACAGUAACAUUAUGUAUGUACUGUGUGUAAGUCAGAAGGAAAUGUUGGCAGUGGUUUUAGGUGAACAAUAAAAAGGCAGUAGAUAAAUAGCUUCUUAAACUGUUACCCUUUUCAAUCUGGUAUUAUGGCAUUGGACUAUUUUGUGCAAAUAUUUAGGAACUAAGAUCUGUUGCCCUUAUUCUGUUGUUCUCAUUGGACAACUUCACCACAUUAAAAACUUUCUGGUAGCAUUAUCACAAAACUGUCUUCCUCCUUAAAUGUAAUUAGAAUAUCUGUAUACAGUAUUUAUGAAUUUGAGUAGGUUGCAUCUGAGACAUGUGUUGAUUGAGUUAAGCAAGGCUCGGAAAUGAGUUGCGUCACAGUCAUCAGAGAAAUACAUGCACAUGUAUGUUAACAUCUAUAACUAUCUCUUUUCUGCAGUGCAGUAGAUUAAUCAGACAUGUUAACAGGUAUAUGUGUAUUUAAAUAACAUUUUUAUCUGAUGUGAUAUUAUGAGCAUUUACAUGUUAGAACAUAUGAUUUGCAGUAUAAAUUAGUUCCUCCAGUUAACAGCAUUUACCUUAUUUCUGACAUUCCAUUUUAUACCUUCCUACCUGUUUAUCUCUGAAAUGUCAGUUGGAAGCAAUUUUGAUCUUUAUUUUUUUUCUAAGGAAAAUGAAUUUAUUCUGAAUGUUUUGGUUCACUUGAAAUUUGAGUUGGUUGAAAGGACCAAGAUACUCAAGUGGUUAAAGGGCUAUACAUUUUCUCUUUAAGUGCAGGAGAUAACAAGAUUUUAAAAGUAGUAACAGGAGAAGUAAUUUUAUUUUCUGGGAAAUGCCCUACUUACUGAGAUGGUAUUUCUAGCAUAACAGAUUGAGCAGUGGUGUGGUUGGUAAGAAUUUAUUUUUCUACUAAAAUCGAAAAAAAUACUCCUUUCCUCUCUUACCUCCUUACAUUUCCAUUUAGUUCCCCUAAUUUCCAUGUAGUUGGAAGUAAAAUAAUUACAUUUACUAAGAAACUAAUUUUGUUUGUAAUUACACUGGCAAACACUCCAAAUUAAAAGUCAUGUUGAACUAUGUAUGGUACUCAAGAGGAGGUCAUAUUGAGUCAAAAGACUGUAAGUACUACUUUAGGCGCUCCAGACAUAGAUAUUGUUUUGUACACACUGCAAUAAAAUAAGUAGAAAACUUGAGCUAUAAAGAUAUAGUUUUAGUUUUGAUAGCUCUCUUGAAAUGUUUGUAAUGCAGAUAAAAUUAUCAGGAAAUUAAACUUUAUAUGGCACAAACCAAAUACAUAAAGUAUAUGGCUGAGUUUCUACAUUCAAGGAGCCAAGAAAUAGGUUCAAGAUGUUAUUGAAUACGUGCGCGCAUAAGAAAGAUGAACGCACAUGCUGUUGUUACUUUACAGUUUUGCGUGUUAUCACAAAAUGGACUACGAAAUGAGGCAAAAUACAAAGUUACAUUUUUGGACCAUAUUAAAACUACAAGAAGACAAGAGGUCUUAUUAAAGAUCUUUUAGAAAAAAAAUCCUUUCACAGGAUAUUUAGACAUGUAUAGAAUGUAGCUCAAUUUUUUAAAAGUAACUGACCUAGAGGGUUAAGUUGAAACUGACACAUUUUCAAAUUAAAAUUAUGCUUAUUUUGUACAGAAAAUAAUGUUAAACACAAGCAAAUCUGUUGUAUGUAAUAAGUAACAGAGUUUAAGACCAAUUAUUUAGCUUUAUUGAAGUUUUUGUUUUGUUCCUUCCAGACUUUAUGAAUAUCAUGUUAUAAAAACAGCAUUCUCACACCAGAAUAGCAGUGCCCUUUCUUUUUGUACAUACUGAUUGGACCUUUCUUUACUGUUACGUGGACACUUUCUAUGUUAGUUUUGAUGCAUAAUUCUUUGAAUCCUUUUAUACAAACUAGAAUGUAUGUGUAAGAAUUCCUGUCCCUGCAAUGUAGUAACUAUAAACUUAUUUUUAAAUAAAUAGAAAACUUGUUUUUCUAA